CCGGUCCCUAUCUGACUAUCUCCUUCCAUUUCCCCAUCUCCGCAUCUUCCUCGCCUCCGUUCCCCGAUGGCUCGCCUGCUCGCGCAAAGCCUAGCCCGCCCCUCUCCGGCCACCGCCUCCCUCCUCCCGCUCCGCGGGCUCUCCACCAAGGUCGAGCUCAUCGAGAUCGACCUCGCCGAGGAGGACCCGUCGUCGGUCGAGGUCGUGGGGAUCCGGCGCAUGGAGGAGGCCAUCCACGGCGUGAUGGUGCGGCGGGCCACGCCCGAGUGGCUCCCCUUCGUGCCGGGCGGGUCCUUCUGGGUGCCCCCGGUGCGGCGCCCCCGCGGGGUCGCGGAGCUCGUCGGCCGGAUCGCGGCGUCCGGGGUCGGCGAGGUGUCGUACGAGGCGGAGCCCUACGUCCCCAUGACGGAGGAGGAGGUGCUCUCCCUCUCCACGGCCCGGGGGUGGCCGUCGGCGGCCUACUUCGUCGAAGGUGAGCGGGACGAGUGAACCGAGAUCCGAUCUCGUUGUUUGCGUGAAUCCGAGCGAUGGCAAGGUGCUCCAUCCAUUUCCAGAUUUCCUUGUGGAGUUAGUAUGGGCUGUCAGAUUUAUGCUACAUCUGCCCAACUCACAUUCAGGCUAUAGCGUCGGUGAAGCGCACCGGAAAGCAAUUGAGCAUCGUGUAUGAUUGUGGUUGAAUGUGUUUAGUUUAUGGUGUCUAUAUGUUGUGACAUGAUUAUUCACCUUGGAGCCGUCUCUGGUUGUUGCUCUCGACCAAAUAUGCAACAAUACUAUUGAUGAUAAUAACUGUGUAAUGAAAAAUGGUUGUUGACGGUUGUUUUCUGCA